AUGAAACGCAUGUAUAAAAAUUCACUGCAACUUUGUUAUACUGAUACUGAUAGUCUGCUGUAUCUACUAAAUACAAAUGAUUUUUAUGAAGACAUGAAAAAAAAUAAAAAAUAUUUUGAUACAAGUAAUUUCAAAAACAAUCAGUAUGAUAUACCCAAAGUAAAUUACAAAAUUCCAGGGUUAUUCAAAGACGAAAUGGAUGGUGAUAUAAUAACUGAAUUUGUUGGAUUAAGAGCAAAAUUAUAA